AUGCUUUCAUCAACUUUAAAGUCAUCAACUCGUAGUUUUGCUAAGAAUGGUUUUAGAUCAAUUGGGGCCGUUAGAACCAAAGUUUCUUUGCCAGACUUAGAUUGGGACUUUGAUGCUUUAGAGCCAUACAUUUCUGCAGAGAUUAAUGAACUUCAUUACACCAAACAUCACCAAACAUACGUCAAUGGCUAUAAUACGGCUAUUGAACAAGCAGCAGAAGCUAAAGCUAAGGGAGAGGUGAAAAAAACAAUUGAAUUGCAACAGAACAUCAAAUUCCACGGUGGAGGUUAUACUAAUCACUGCUUAUUCUGGAAAAACUUGGCACCACAGAAGCAAGGAGGAGGUGAACCCCCAUCAAGCGACUCUGAAUUGGCCCAAAAAAUUAAGGAACAAUACGGUUCUCUCGAUAAUUUAAAGGCAAUCACCAAUUCUAAGUUAGCAGGUGUGCAAGGUUCUGGAUGGGCUUUUAUUGUCAAGAACAAAGAAAAUGGUGGGGAGUUAGAUGUUGUCCAAACAUAUAACCAGGACACUGUUACCGGUCCGUUAGUUCCGUUGGUUGCAAUUGAUGCAUGGGAGCAUGCAUAUUACUUACAAUACAAGAAUGUCAAGGCAGACUAUUUCAAGGCCAUCUGGAAUGUUAUCAACUGGAAAGAGGCUGAAAGAAGAUUCUUGGUUAACUGA